UUCAUACCCUGGUGGAAGUGUUGUAGAUGUCGCCGAUUUCUAUAGCGAUGUAAAUUCUAUCGUCACUGGAAAUACUACUAUUGAUCACCCUGAAAUACCUAGAAAUUUGGCAAAUAAUAUAUCUAUGUCAUCUUUUAGAUUCUCUUUUAGUGAAUCUUAUAGUAUAACAUUUCCUAAUAAUGCAACUGAAUUUAUGUAUAGACCCGCUACUUAUAGAUUAUACUAUAAUGACAAAAGUAUUUAUAAUCUUAGCUUGUUAUG